AUGGCCCCACGCAAAACCAAAGUCACGGAGUUCUACGCUGUGUUCAAAGGGCGCGUCGAUGAGCCUACAAUUUACUCGUCUUGGGGUGAUGCACACCCGCGGGUGACAGGAUGCAAUGCUGUAUUCAAAGGCUUUAGUAGCCUUCAGGAGCCGUUAGACUACAUGGAGCGUCUGAAUGUCCUUGCUCCGAGGCAAGUGAUCAAGGAGGGGGCUGGAGCAUUUACUCCUGAUGGGAAAUCUGACGGCUACUAUGCUGUCGCAAAUGGUAGAAACCCUGGGAUAUAUCAGUAUUGGCGUGGCGAAACGCAGGCGCUAUCUCAACUGCACGAAACCCCCGGUGCCUGCUGUAAAAGGUUCAAGACAAAGGAGCAAGCAGAGACAUUUAUAGAGGAGUGGAAACAAGCUGUGGCCGAUGUGCUUCUGAGAUCGAUCAGAGAGGCGCUGGACCAAGGAAUGCGGCCAAAGGACAUGAACCUUGACGUUUCUGGUUUGUUUGGCUCGAACCAGAGGAGUACUCAGAGUCAUGAUGAAGCAAUUGCCUUGGAUUUUGAAGCUCUUAGUUUUCAAGACACGAAGACAGAGCAGUAA